GCGCCCUGCCUGCCAGUCGGAGGAUGGGGAUUUUUUUUCCAUUCAUCCACGUCCCCUUUUUCCCUCCUCCUUCUCUCAAACAAGCCAGUCGGUCUGUCAAUGUGCUGCGAGCAUUAGGGCAAGUCAAACCAGUGGGAUUGUGAGGCGCAGAGACGGAUGAGAUAACGAAUGAAGCGCUUUUUUCGCUCUCCUUCCCGGCCGAGAAUCCAAAUGAUGCGCUACAGCAGAUAGGCGUCAAUUUCCAAGCGGGACUGAUGCUCACAAGUCGCAUCUUAUUUUUUUAAUCACUUAACAAGUUUGGCGUUGGCCUUUGUGCGUUUUCACUAGAGUGAAGAUGCUUUUCUAGCUCUUUUGGUUUUCUUUGAUUCUUUUACUUGUCAUCGAUUUGGAUUUUUUUUUUAUUUUUUUCGAAUCUAAAGGAUUUGCGGAUUUACAACCAGUGUGUGUUUUUUCCCCCAAAGAGGAGAAUAAGGAUUGCAAUGCGCACUGACUAACCGAGCAUCAACAUGUCUUUAUGAGGAUGGAGCUGUGGACACGAGUGACAUCUUUUCCCUUUUAAACGCGUUGCCUUCACAGUUUUUUGGCGUGAUUUCGACUCUUUCCUUCCAACAGACCUGACUAUAUUUCUUCUCAACGCAGCCUGACAUGUUGGAAGGUAGAUCUUCUUUCGAGAAAACAAGGUAAUGGGAGAGAAAUCACACAGAGUCGGCACAGAGAACAAGGGAACAUUGUUCGGGGAAAGACAAUUAGGGCGCACCGAAAUGCAACAGAAAUAGCUCCUGGGUGGCGAUAAAUUUCAGAAAAUUCGAUCCAGUGGAGUAAUAUCUGAGCUGAGGAGCACUGCUUUGGGAAAAAAAGGAGGACUAAUGAGUAAUUGAUGGGAAAGUCAUGGGAUUGGCACUGAAAUAGUACGACCGUGGACGCGCAGAAAACGUCGUUUUUGGAGAUCCAGACGCACGGAUUGAACAAGUUUGCUCCGAGUGUGUUUUUUGGUUUGACCCCGUGCAAUUUGAUGAAUUGUGGAUCCAUGAGGUUGCACACAGCGAGCUUUCACUCCACACUUUGACUGCCUCUACCUUGAGCCUGAUCGGCUGGAAGUCGCACAUCCAUUGUUUUGAGAGAUCUCCUCGGCACAGCAUUGAAAAACACAGAGAAAUAUCGCCCAUUUCUUUUAAAUGGGGCUACAUAUGCUGGGUGUCAGGGUUGAAAUGGCGUGUCGAGGAAGUGGGAAUGGAUUUUGGAUCCUGCUGAUAUUCAUACUGGAUUUACUGGGGACGACGGCCAGCAAUAUGGAGCCCAUCUACUGGAAUUCCCUCAACGAAAGGUUCAGGGACGACAAGGGCUACGUUCUGUACCCUCAGAUCGGGGACCGGCUGGACCUCAUCUGCCCCCCACUGGACACGGCCAGGUCCACGCCAGAGUACGAGUUCUACAAGCUCUACCUUGUGUCAACGCGGGAGCAGGCGGACCGCUGCGAGGUGAUGGGCCCCCCCAACAUCGUGCUGACCUGCGACGAACCCGCCCGCGAGCGUCGCUUCACCAUCAAGUUCCAGGAGUUCUCGCCAAACCUGUGGGGCCACGAGUUCAAGAGCAUGCACGACUACUACAUCAUCGCUACGUCAGAUGGGACGCGUCAAGGCCUGGAUAGCAUGAGAGGGGGAGUGUGUGCCACGCAAGGCAUGAAGGUGGUCCUGAAAGUGGGGCAGAGUCCAUAUGGGCUGCCUCCGAAGAAGGAGCCGCCAGCGGGACGCACUACCAGCAGAAACCCAGGCGGAGCAGGGAACUCCACCCAGUCUAGAGGAUCCAACACCUUUGGGGGCGAUGGCGGUGGAGAAAACGGGCCCCUUCAACCCUCUAAUAUCGCCCUCAUCGCCGGUGCCGCCGGAGGGUCUGCCUUCCUCCUGCUGGUGACCGCCGUGAUCUGUGUCGUGUGCUACAGGCGGCGGCACGCCAAGCACUCUGACACCCACCACCCUCCUCUGUCGCUGUCCUCGCUCACCAGCCCCAAGCGGGGAGGGGGCGGCGGCAUCAGCAGCUCCAACAACAACGGCUCAGAGCCCAGCGACAUCAUCAUCCCCCUGCGGACAUCGGACUCGGCCUACUGCCCGCACUACGAGAAGGUGAGCGGAGACUACGGACACCCCGUCUACAUCGUCCAGGAGAUGCCGCCGCAGAGCCCGGCUAACAUCUACUACAAAGUAUGAGACGGCCGCCGCUCUGGCCGACUGGACACAUCCACCUCCCUCUACCCGUUACCGAUCAAUCCCCUGCCCUCAAUGAAGCCACAGCAAAGCUCGCCAUCACAGCUCCGACCCUGAACCCCUCAAUACUACCAGUAUUGUACCAUGGAACCCCCCCCCCCCCCCCCCCCGCCCCCCCCCCCUCCCCCGUGAACCCGGCCACAGUUGUGUUUCUAGCUGAAUAAACCACCCCACCCCAUUCUCACACAACUGGGCCACCAAGUGUGUGUUAAGGGCAAAGUCGUAUUGGUACAUAGCCCUUCUUAACAAGGCCCUCACGUAUGGGCAAGAGCCUCUGAGUGCCCCCUUCUUGUUAACUCAGAGCUAAACGAGACCCACCCGUGCUGAAUUGAAGAGUCGUCCCCAUACCGCCAGCGUGUGUAUGUGUGUGUGGCAACACACUUUAUUUCUAGGAGUAUGGACCUGGCGUUGGGACUUGAUAUGUUUUACAAAAGAAUUUUAAAAAGAGAAAGAAAAGGACUUUUAAAAAAAACCCUACACCCUUGAUCCCACUUAGCGCCUGAAAACUCUGAUUCCCAGAGGCCAUACCUGCCUAGCCCCGCCCCUCAGAGCUCCAUCAGCCAACCAGAGACCGGCCCCUGCCACUAACUCACCAAUAGGAUUCUAGUUUGUUUGUGUUUGUUUCUCCUGAGAAAAUAGGGGGGCCUCGGACUCAUCCAAUCAGCAAGCCCUGGGCGGCGGUCACAUGACCAGGCCCAGGGCCGAGGAGGUCUGACCAAUCGGUGACACUCAGAAUCUUGUAUAUUUUAAUAAUGUGCGUGUGUGACUGCGCGAGUGUGCAAACAACUUGGAUAAUAAUUAUGGCGCUGCUGCUCCACAUUAGUCGUGUGCGUGCAGUUAGUGUGCUUUCAGUACAGCAAGUCUGCAUAUGAGUUUGCAUAUGCGUGCGUGGGGUUUAGUUUGUGUGUGUGUGUGUGUGUGUGUGUGUGUACGCUUUGUGUGUGAAUGACUGCGCGUAUGCGUGCGUUCUUUAGACUUGUCUUAAAUACCAAAACACAAAAUAGUGAGCGAAUAUCAAAAAAGUGAGAUUUUUUAUCGCUAUCAACACUUAUAGAUUAUAUAUAUGAAUAUCCAGUAAAUAAUUUCUAGAUGUUUUUUUUCCUGUUUUCUAUUGUUUUUAUUAUUUUUACCCACUCUCUUAAACACUUCUGUUGCUAGACAUUUUUUUAUCUGCUGUUUUUGUUUUUUUUUUCACAACUUAGAACGACCUUGUUUCCUGCCUUUUCCCUUUGCGUUGUAUAUUAAUUUAAUCCCUUUUUUAAUUUUCCUGGCGAACAGAGGUUGUGUCUCUCUUCCUCUCUUCCCUCUCUCAUUCACUCCCUCCCUCCCUUUUCUCCCCACCCCCUCCUCCCACCCCUCUAGGGUCUCUGAACUCUGUGUAUAUUUUUAUAGCUCCUUGUACUAUGCUGUAGUUUUGAAGUUUAGACCUCGUUUGUGGAAGUGUUGAGGUAGAACCAUCUAUGAAAGUUUUUUUUUUUCAAACGCUUUUUUUGAAACGCAGAAGUGAAAAGAAGUG